UUCUCCAACUCAAGCACUGUAUUCUCCCGUCUGAUCUUAUCGCAGCUGUCCACAGAUUGCGACAAUGUCUUUGAAGCAGUGUUGCGCCACUGGGAGUCUGCACACAGGGACCCCAACCGGAAGAAUCGAAACCCUGCACGGUCUCGACUGCUACAUAGCCGAUGCUCCCCAAAGUCCACCAAAAGGCAUCAUAAUCAUCAUUCCAGAUGCGUUCGGAUGGACACUGCCCAACAAUCGCAUUCUCGCCGACGAUUACGCCAAGAAUGGAUUCACGGUGUAUUUACCUGAAUUCAUGCAAGGUGUGAACAUCCCUCAUGAUAUGAUGAUCAGUAUGAAGGCGAUGUCUGCAACAGGCCUUUGGAAUCAGAUCUAUAAACUCGGACAUGCGGCGUACCUCGCUCGCCACUUCAUUCCAUUCCUGCUGUACAAUCGACCUGCAGUGGCUGGGCCACGAGUAUGGGACUUCGUCAAGGCUGUCAAGCAGAAUGAAGGCAAAGAGCUUCCCAUCGGCACUGCUGGCUUCUGCUGGGGCGGACAUUUCGUCACGCAGCUUUGCAAGGAUGAAAUCAAAGCCGAUGACGGCAGUAGACUGACAGUAUGCGGUUUCGUGGCGCAUCCAUCUUUUCUGAAAUAUCCCGAUGAUAUCGAGGGGGUGGAGUUGCCUUACUCGUGCGCGGCAGCGGAGCUCGAGGAUCCGCAAAUGUCGCAUGAGCAGGCGAAGCAAACCAGGGAAAUCUUAGAGGCGAAGACUGCCAAGCAGAAAUCGCAAGGUAUCGAGCAUGAGUUUGUGAUGUACGAAGGCGUGCAUCAUGGUUUCGCUGUCCGCGCAGAUGAAGAAGACAAGCACGAAGCAGCUCAGGGAAAGAAGGCAGAGGAACAAGCAGUGCGCUGGUUUACUAGAUGGUUUGCCAGUCCACCACCCUGAAGAUGCAACCGAAAAGCACCUGUUUCUCUGAGAUAAUCAACACUUGUCUGCUGAUAGGUUCCGAAACGGGCAGAGUUGUGUCGUGGAAGCGUAGUCCGACGACGGCGUCGUGAGUUUGCAAGAAUACUGCAGAGUUGUCUGGGAGUUCGCCACCUACUGGCAACGAUUCCAGCUGUUAAAUGCCCAUGCAAUGAUAUCCUCUUCUUAAAAUUGGACACGUCCAAGUCCGAUCUUGACUCGAUCCCUAUGGCUGAGGCUUGAAGUCCUAGAGAUGAAGUCUAU